AUGGUUCAGCGGAUAGCUGGCAAAUCAAUGCCAAUUGAAAAGUUUGCAAUGAAGAAAUCCAAACGCUACUUUGAGCAGGGGAAGCGGUUGACGCUUCCGGGCAUGGAGCUCAUGUACCUCUGGAAUGGAUUCAAACUCGUCUUCACCAAGAAAGAUAUACUGGAGAAAUUCCUUCUCCUUGUAGAGUUCAAACUCAAUCGCCUAUUGGCAGAAGAAGCCAAUUACAAGUACUUUCCGGAUGACUUCUGCCUGGCAACUAUGCUGAAGGGCGUUUGUUUGCGCUGUCUCGGUCGAGUUAUGCAAGCGAAAAUGUGUUUUAUGGAGGUCCUUAUGAAGUAA